AUGUGGCGGGGGCGGCUGCUGGGGAUCGCCCUGGGAGUUGCCGUGCUGUGGGCGUCCCAGGCUGGUGCCGCCGCCGCCGGGCACACCGAGGGAGUGAGCGCCAAGGAGAGCCGGUCCAGCCGGGCCAAGAGGCGAGGGCACGGCGGUGGGCACGACGCGCUCAAAGGACCAAAUGUGUGUGGAUCACGUUACAAUCCCUACUGCUGCCCUGGAUGGAAAACAUUACCUGGUGGAAACCAAUGCAUAGUCCCAAUCUGCAGACAUUCCUGUGGGGAUGGAUUUUGCUCUAGACCAAACAUGUGCACAUGCCCAAAUGGUCAGAUAGCCCCCUCCUGUGGUUCAAAAUCAAUCCAACACUGUAACAUCCGGUGCAUGAACGGAGGCAGCUGCAGUGAUGACCAUUGCCUGUGUCAGAAGGGAUAUACAGGAACACACUGUGGACAGCCUGUCUGUGAAAAUGGAUGUCUAAAUGGAGGGAGAUGUGUGGCUCCGAACCGAUGUGCGUGUACAUAUGGCUUUACUGGACCCCAGUGUGAGAGAGGUAUGUACCCUAAAUCAGCGGGAAUAAUUAUGUUCCAACACCUCUGACAGUAGGGUUGUUGGGCCAUUACCUGUUGUAUUCUAUAGCUGAAUUGGUUGUGUGUGUUUCUGUUGGUCUCAAGACAGAAAAUAAAUUUUAAGUAGCAUUUUCGGAAGUAUGUGAACUUCAUAAGGAUAGAGGCCAGGAUGAAGCACAGAUGGAACUGUUAACUUUUUUGUGAUGAAAACACUCCAGUGGGAGAGGUGGCAAAUGAAAAUUUUUGUGUGCUUUUACUCAAACUUUAGUUUCCAAGUCAUCAGAAAUGGUCUUUUAAUCUGAUAUAUGGGAUAAGUAGCAUCUUGC